AUUCUUGAUCAAAGUACCCAUCUCUAAAACUGCUAAAGCAUGCUUCCCGCUGCUGUUCAUAUUAACAAACUGGCAGUUAGAUUUUGGAAUCCUAUAUAAAAACAGUGCUUUAACUACUUGUGAAAGCUAGUGUUUCACUAAAAACAAACUGUCCUUACUCAGCAAAAUAAAGUGGGGAAUAAAAAUAUAUCCCAACAAGCAAAAGAUCCAUUGUCUUGUACAGAUCAUGAAUUCGCGGCGUCAGCGUUCGCGCAUGCCAAACUUUACAAUUGCGGAGGAAAACGUGCUGAAAACGCUGACAGUCAAGUAUCAUAAGGAGAUCGAGGAGAAGACAUCGAACGCUCAUGUCUGGCGCUCGAAGAAUCGUGCCUGGGAGAACAUAGCCGUUGAGUUUUACAAAGCCUUCACUAGCAACACGCAAAUCCGGCGAUCGGCUGUGAAGUUGAAAUCGAAGUACGAGACCAUGAAGAAACUUAACAAACAGUCGAAUGGGUUGGUAAAGAAAGAGUUAGCACUGUCGUCAUUGAAUCAGGAUUGCGAAGUUAUCGAAGAGAAAUCGGAUCGCGUUGAUCAAGCGAAGCUAAUAGAUCACAUCAAAGCAGAAUUUCAAGCGAAUGAAAUCACAUCCCUAAAUGAUCUAGAGUCAGUUGAUGUAGAGCGGACAAAUUCUGAGCUACAUGCCAGUUCCUUCGAAGCUGAUCAGAUCGUGUCCGAGGAAGAUAAGAACCAAAUUCCUUUGGCCAAGGCUAAGUCAGAUAGUUGUCAAACUGCAGUUAAAAGUCCCAAAACCGACUCAAGGCCGCCCACGGAAAAAGAUGUAAAAGACAUGCGAGAGUUUCUGCAGCAGUACACAAAUAUAAAUCAGAGCGAUACGCCAAUAUUUACUGCCAAAAGCAAUAUCUCCUUUCGAGAGACUGGCAAAGUAUCUUUGCAUUGCACCGAAGAGGACAACGUGGGCUUGGUAAAAGACUUAACUAAUAAAAUCUUAAGAAAAAAACUAUUUAAGUCUAGUUUUAAGCAGACGAAAGAACUCAGCUUAACGCAGAGAUCUUUAGCAGCUCAAUUCAAUUAUUAUCGCAACAUGGAUAUCAGAGCUCAACAGAAACAUUUGGCCGAACUAAGAAAUCUUGAGGUUCAGCAUAAAAUUCUUGAGAUCGAAUUGAAGAUCAAACAAAAAGAAUUUGAGAAAAAUUAAAAAACUAAUUUGAAAUAUUCAAGUUUUAAUUUUAAAG